UCUUCCUUCCCCCCCCGUUCCGCGAACACCUGUGUAUAGCUUUUUAACUCAUCCACUAUCGACAAACUCGACCCACAUUCAUUUAAUUGCCUGCGCCACGACACUCGACGACGUCUACGACCAUCAUCCUGCGACGCUUCUUGCCGCUAUUUCUACCCCCCCCGUCUCGUCGCUGCUAUUCCCCUGAAACGCAUACACGCGUACCGGCCACGCCUCAGCAUCCUUUCCUCCUGCUAGUACAAUCUAGGCCGAGACCGCCCAUCACCAGGCGUACGGACGCACGAGCCUCUGUCUGAUUGCUCGGUCGAUCAAGAUCUGAUUGCGCACUGGAUCCUUGCCUGCAAUUUUCGGCUCACUCACGACAGCGGCGAUCUUUCUCUAUAAAGUGGGGGGCUAGUACCUCUCUCUUCUAUCUGACAGCAGAUUCCAACUUAUCCACACUCAUUUGUGCCCACGCUCUUUACCACGCGCUCUUCUCCGCCACAUUCCCCUGCACCACACGCUCGGCGCGUACCGUACAGCGCAGACGAUCCUCGCUCACGCCCAAGCAACGAGUGUCAGACGCGUCUUACUAAAAAGACACACAGAGUCAAACUGACAAGGAUGACCAUGUCCGAAAAGCCUCGCCUCCAUCUCGACUUCAACUCGCCUGUUUGCCCAGCGCCUGUUUACUCGCCUCAGACAUUUUCUUCUCCACCGACCUCACCACCGUCUCCCUUCGGGGGUUUCAGCUCUCAGCAAUACAGCCCGCCCUUCAUGCCGUCUAGAAAGUCCUUCUCCGGAGUCGAUUCUGAAAGGGGCGCACCUCUAAGCCCUACGAUGAGCGAGAAGAGUCUGGGAUCACGGAUGCAGUCGUCUCCCAGGAUUUUAAUGGGUGCGAUGGUUAGCGUAUCCCCCCGGCAAAAUAGCGAGGAACUUUCUUUGGAAGUCCCCGGCAUUGUCUUGACCGAACCACCUCAUCUUAACCCGCGUCCUUUCCCUCCACCAAAACAAACCGUCCUCCUGGCUCCUACCUCGCUUCCACUACCCUCACUCGGCUCGUGUUCUUCCAUCUUCCAAGGACACUGCCAACAUUCUUCCAUCUCUACCAAAUCCGCACAUCAAUUCUCUCCCGCUUUCUCGUCCUUCCUCAGCGGUGCAGCCACGCCGUAUCAGCAGCAUCACGGCCGAAGAAACCGGAUGAAGGCCAUGCUGAUGUUAGGUAUAGUCGUUGUAGGAGGUUGGCAUCUUUGGAGCACGCUGAUGUACGAGGGAUGGGGUGGUUUGGUUGAGGAAGCCGUUGAGGCGAUCUAGGAUAAAGUCUAAUAUCAUCUUUAAGACUAUCUCUUUUUCCAUCCUCUUUCGCUUUUCGCUCAACUCUUUUACGGGUUACUGGUUACAACGGAUUAUUUUCCUUGCUUACAAGACGUUUGACCCGUUAUUUCGUUGAUUCCCUUUGUAGUCAACGUGUCAUAUCUCCAACCCCUUUCCCGUUGUCGAAGCUGUUCAAAUCUUGACGCUUGUUGAUGCCUUUGCGUGCUUUCCUGGCUUUGCUCCAUACGUAUGUCUUGACAUUACUAUCUGCUUCCUUACCAUUUAUCAUACUUGUAUACUGUCUUGACAUCUAUGCGCAUUAGCUAUUACGUACUUUAACGACCCUGCGAUGAAAGAUAUAUGGUGU